GGCAGCUUGUGUGAGUGAGUGUAGCAGAGCCCGGCGCGUUGCGACCGGUCGGGAGCGGCGAGCGAGAGGGCAAGCGUUGCAGUCACUGGCGAGCUCGCGUGCGGAGCCGAGCCGAGCCGAGCCCUCCGGCGCCUCAUGUCCAGGCGGGCUUGGAGGACGCUUCCCUUGUGAGGGCGGAUUCCCCCCUACCCCAGCUCGCUGGCCCCUAAGAUGGCGAGUGGGAUGAAUGGCCCGGGCGGAGGAGGUGAUAGUACCGCGGCCAGGGGCGCCGAGGCGGAGCUGGGCACCCGGAGCGUUGGAGGAGGGGUCGCACCCUGCCACGGGGCUGGAGUGCCUAGGACUGCUACUACGGCUGAGGAGCAGCAGGAGCUGGGCGAGAGCGGCCCCUACCCGCCCACUCAGCCCCACCACCUGCUGCUGCUGCUGAAAAGAUCGCCCAGCGCCUCCUUGUGCCUGGUGCAGGAGGAGGAGGUGCCCGCUGCUGCGGCUGCCACAGGGCGAGGGGCCCUCUCUGGUGGGCGAGGUGGCCAGCCAGCUCCCACAGCACGAGGAGCUCCUCUGCCAGCUGCUCCUUCCGUGGCUCCUGUGGGGGAUGACGUGAGGAAAUGUGGCUACCUGAGGAAGCAGAAGCAUGGCCACAAGCGCUACUUCGUGCUACGGGCUGAGAGCCACCUGGCCCCAGCGAGGCUUGAAUACUAUGACAGUGAGAAGAAGUUCAAGAGCAGCCUGAGGGCAGCGGCAGCUGCUAGUGGGUCUGCCGUCCUCUGCUGCCCCCCUCCCAAGCGAGUGAUCCCCCUGUACCAGUGCUUCACAGUCAGCCGGAGGGCAGAUGCCAAGCAUAAGUACAUCAUUGCCCUUUAUACCAAGGAUGAAUACUUUGCCAUGUUGGCUGAGAAUGAGGUGGAGCAGGAGGCCUGGUACCAGGCAAUCAGUGAGCUCAUGAAUCAGAGCAAGAGGGGGUUCUUAGAACAGGAGGACCAGACAGAUCAGCAGAUGGAUGAGGAUGAUGAACAUUAUGGAACUGCGCUUAGACCAGGCACAAUAUACAAAGAAGUGUGGCAGGUUAAUGUGAAGCCCAAGGGACUGGGGCAGACAAAGAACCUGACUGGUGUGUACAGGUUGUGCCUAUCUAGCAAGGCUAUCUACCUAGUAAAGCUGAAUUCAGAGGUACCUGCUGUCCACUUGCAGCUAAUGAACAUCCGCCGUUGUGGGCACUCAGAGAACUUCUUCUUUAUUGAGGUGGGCAGAUCUGCUUCCAUUGGGCCUGGUGAACUGUGGAUGCAAGUGGAUGAUUCAGUAGUUGCCCAGAAUAUGCAUGAGACCUUCCUAGAGACCAUGAAAGCUCUCAAGGCCUUUACAGAAUUCAGGCCCCGCAGCAAGAGCCAGUCAUCUGGUGGUGGCAGUGGUACCAAUCCUAUCUCCUUUAUCACCACUAGGAGGCAUCUGGGCAACCUGCCUCCUAGCCAGACUGGCUUGCAGAGAAGAUCCAGAACUGAGUGUGUUACUGGGGGGACUCCGCCCACCACCAAGAGUAGCAGUUCAUACCGCUUCAGAACAUCUAGUGAAGGGGAAGGGACAAUGACCAGACCUUUCAGAUCAGUGACUGGGAGUCUGAUCCAUUUGAACACUGCAAGGAUGAACUUGGGCCGGCAAGAAGGGAGUGGAAGGUAUGUCAGAGCAGCUUUCACCUCUUCUUAUCAUACCAGGUCUGCCUCCCUACCAGUGUCUCAUUUCCCCUCCACCACCAGCCCCAUUAGUGUUUCUUCCAGUAGUGGCCAUGGCUCUGCCUCAGAUACACUAACCAGGCCUUCCAGUUCAUCUGUCUGUGGGUCCCCAAGUGAUGGGGGCUUUAUUUCUUCUGAUGAAUAUGGCUCUAGCCCUGGGGAUUUCAGGUACUUUCGUGUCAGAAGUAAUACUCCAGAUUCCUUGGGAAACACACCACCUAUCAGAGAAGAGAAUUGUUUAAGUGAAUACAUGUCCAUGAAUAAACAGCAAACGGAUGAUAGCUCAAGGGAUGACUAUAUGGAAGCUGAAAAAUGCUUCAGAAAAAGAACUUAUUCUCUGACUAAACCAACUUCUAUAACAGUGCAGCAGAAAACAACACAAACCACGGCUUCUUUAGAUGAAGAUUCUGCAGGAAGGCACAGACAGUUACCUUGUUCGGAAUCACCAAAAUUAAAAGAGAGCCAUGAACCUGACUACAGUGAUGCUACCCUUGAUUCUGUAUGUAACCAAAGCAGAAGUAAAACCAGGGAUGAUGGAUACAUGCCAAUGAUGCCAGGAGUUGCGUCUUCACUCACAAGCAACAAUGAUUAUUUGCCAAUGACUCCUAAAAGUGUGUCUGUCCCCAAACAAAUUAGUAAUUCUUGGUCGUCAUCUCAGGUGGACUCCAGAGGAUAUAUGAUGAUGUUUCCCAGGGCUAGUUCUUCACCUGUACGAAGUCCAUUGGCUGGAUUUAUUUCUAAAGGGGGUAAUGAAAAGGUGACAAACGAGUAUAUGGAUAUGUCACCUGGUAAUUCAGCAGUUCCAAAACAGCCCAGUGAUUCAAAUUGUAUUCAUACCAACACUGUUUCCAAAGGCUUCAGUUCAUAUUUCUCUCUGCCACGAAGCUUUAAGACAUUAUCAGGACAAAAUGGAGAUCAUAAUGAAUAUGUUCCAAUGUCCUCACCUGGAAAACUGUUAUAUGAUGAACAUGAAAAUGUCAAAUGUGUCAACAGUGAACCGUUAGCUAAUGGCAUUUCUAAAUCAUCCGCUGUGAAAGUGUCAGAUGAAGGACUUGCACAGAACAGGGCUACCAGGCCUACAAGACUUCCCCUAGGUACAAGAGGAAGUAAUACUAUACCAAGAAUGUACGAUCGAACAGUUCCACCUGAGCCAACUAGCCCUGGUGAAUACAUAAAUAUUGAUUUCAGUGAAAAAGCAAGUAAUACACCAUAUUCUUUAUCUGCAGAAGGAUCUCCAUCAUCUCUAGGAUCGAGUAGUGACCACAGACAGUCGCCACUUUCUGAUUACAUGAGUGUUGACCUUGAUGUGCAGUCACCAAAAGUAUCAAAGGAACUGUCAAAUUCUUUAACAGAUAUUUCAAUUUAUGCAAGUUCCAGUAUCCCCAGAAACCAGCCAAAUGAUUAUGCUAGACUUUCAUUUGAUACUGCUUGUGUUAGCAGUACAAGUAGUAGGGCUGAUGAUUACACAGAGAUGACUUUCAACAUGGCAACGACACCACUUAGGCCUUUUACCGCAGAAUCCAGCAAUGGUAUAAAGAUCGAUAGUCCUUCUUCCAUUGUAAAUCGACUGUGCAUUGUUGACGGAUAUUCAGGUAGCGGUAGCUUCUCUGUUCCUAGCUCUGAUUCUCCCAUGGGACCUAAGGUGAUUCGAGCUGACCCACAAGGCAGAAGAAGGCACAGUUCUGAAACAUUCUCUUCUACUGGGGCUGUAACUACUUCUUCUUCUUUCUUUACUGAUAGUAGCAAAAGACACAGCUCUGCCUCAUUUGACAAUGUUUGGUUGAAACCUGAGGAAAACAUUUCUGAUGGUCACGAAAGCAAGAUGUCCAGGGAUACCUCAACUGGAUUUCAGAAUGGCUUAAACUACAUAGCUUUGAAUUUAUGUGAUGAUUCUAUGAACUGUGAGGCAAGCACUAAUACACCAACUUGCCAUCUCCAAAAUGGUACUUCAAAUUUGGACAGUGGAGCUUAUGUAAGCAUAGAUUUCACCAGAUCUGAUGGUGUGAAGUGUAACUCUGCAAGAAAAGACUGACUGCAUUGCCAUGGAAACCAUUGUUAGAAGAGGCAGCUUUUCUACUGGUACCUCCAGAAACUGUGUGGUGCUUUUGGAAGCAGAGCUCAACUCCAGCCAGCUACUUUCACUUCCACCAGCACAGACAUACACACAUCAUUGUAAUGAUUUUUGCUUAGAUAUCAGCUGUCUACAGUUGAGUUAAUUUGAAUUAAGAUUUUUCAUAGCUGUGUUUUGGUGAUGGAAUUUGUUUUUCCGCAGCACAUUUGUUUGAGAAGCAUUGGGAAUGCUGCAGAGGGGAUUCCUACAACUUCCUUUUUACUUCUCUCUGCCUCUCCCCCUAAUUUGUUUUUAUUUAUAUUGAGAAGUCAAAGCUGGUGGCUGGUAAUCUAUUUAAUAUGGGUUUUGUUUCUCUGGUACGUUAGCUUAAACAUGUAUUGCUUAGAAAUAUUUUGGCAGGUCAAUUUUUUUUUUUUUUUUUUUGAGGGGGCUGGGAGAGAACUAUGUAACUGAACCUAAAUCUGUGAUGGACAGACCUCUUUAUUAUAUUUUGCUUUAUAGUAUAGGAGGUAGUUUUUGAUCACAGAGCUUAGUAUUUUUAAUCGUAUGUCAGAGCUUAAACUGAAGUUUGUUGCUCAGAAUUCUGAUAUGUAUAAGGUAAGAUUAAAGGGCUGGUUGUCUUGUUGAUUACACUUAAAUUAUCCCUGCCCAUUUGUUUAUGAACAUGUAUAAAAUAUAAAUCAAGGUUUCUAUUCAUGCAUUCAAAUGGGAAAGUGCAGGGUCUUCUACAACUUUGACUUCUGCUUUACAAUAUUGAUGUGUGCUGUAGCUUUUUAAAGAGAAACCACCCUAACUGAUCUUUUUUUUAUCCAAAACCCUCUUAUAA